AUAUUUGCCAAGAAAUACGCGAUAAGUUUUGCAAAUUAUAUUAGAAAACAUCUGUGUAAAAUUAAGUUUCUUAUCUAAAUUGCCUAUUAAACUAAUUAAUAAGUGAAAAUAAUAAAAUAAAAUUAUCGAAUGUGUUAUAUUAACUGCAAAUUAACGUUGCUUUGAAAGGCUUGCUUAGUUUGAGCAAAAGCUCUGGUUCAACAAAAAUAGAAUUGUGCUAACAAUAACAACAAAAGAAAAAUCGUAAACCAAAAAAAAAAAAAAAAAAUGCUUCUUACAAAUUUAAGAAGCAAUUUAAUUAAAUUUCUUAGAAACAUGUGAUUAAGUCAGCCAAUGUGAUUAUUCCCGGGUUGUUAUACUUGUAUAUAAAUACAUGAAAUAUUUGAUUUUGAUUCAUUAAAUUUCAUUUUGGGAAAACAGUUGUUGCUCGCAAGAAAACGCUGGACGUUCAAUAAAUCGCGUGUCGAGUAACAACGGAAUUCCAAAUGCAACUAAUAUACUGUUUGCAAAGGUAAUAAUAUUCACUAAUUGACCGCGAGUUGCCCUUCAAGGUUAACAUCACAAAAAUAAGCAGCCGAAGAAAAAGGUGCAAUGAGAAGUGCAAAACAUUGCAUACAAAAAUAGCGAAUUCACAGACAAACGCACACAUACAGCCGUUUCUACGAGAUGCUCUUGUCAUAUGUUAUUUGCAAUAAGCUGACGGAUAAGAUAAACAUGUAAUAGGGCAAGACAAGGACAUUGCGGCAAGAUCAACAGGUUGCUUGCUAAAAAGAAAAAAUAAAUCGGAAUUUAAAACGACAGAGGAAAUUAUUGCAAUUGUAAUGGAUUCUCAACACAUGUUUUUAACUCCACAACCUCCACCACCUUUGCCGAUAUCUUCACACCUUUCUACACAAAAUGCAAAAAUGCAAUUAUCGCAUCACCAAUCACAACAGCAGCAACAACAACAACAGCAAUGUGCGAUUUGCGGUACAACUCAGGAUUUAUUGCGUUGCUCGAAAUGUAAAACAAUAUAUUACUGUUCAACCCAGCAUCAACACAUAGAUUGGCCUAAUCAUAAACAUGAAUGUCGCUCGUUAGCAAAACAGCGGCUAAGUAAUAUCAAGCUCCAACAAGUCACUAAUGGUUGCAACGCAAUCAAUAUAUCAGGGCCGACCAUCAAUGCACCCGCCUCUUCUAAACCAUCAUCUGCAAUAAGUUCACCUUUAUCUAACAUGUCGGCUUCAAGUAUUAUACUUGGCACACAUGAAAAUGAAAUACUUUACAGUAAAGCCGAAUCCGUAACGCAACCUGCCAAUAGUUCGGCAUAUUUUGGUAAUAUGUUGGCCAAUUCUACUACCAUGGAACAAAUGCAUGCCCAUAAUGGAGUGUCUUUUAGCACUGAUAAUAACAGCUCGCUAAUGAUAGAUAAUUUAUGCUACCAACCGUCGACGCAAAGCAACGCUAUUCAAAAUAACAUGCCACAGCAGCAGCAGCAGGAACAACAAGAACAGCGACAGCAGCAUAUUAUAUACGGCCAACAAUCUGAAAUACCUCAAGAAAUUACACAAUAUCCUCAAUUUAGUAAUCAACAUUUGAUUAAUCAAUACGAGAAAAGUUCCAGCUAUCGAAUUGGUACAACUGCUACCUUCGAUGAUCAUGUUAUGGGAAAUGCAAACGAGCGACGUUACGAGGAAUUAUGCCGCAAUAUUAUCAACGAUAUGAAUCAAUAUGGCCUUUCAGUGGUUGAUGAUUUUUUGGGUAUGGAAAAAGGUUUACAAAUACUUAACGAAGUACAUCGUAUGUAUGCAGCUGGCGUGUUUAAAGAUGGCCAACUAGUAAAUAAUAUGAAAUCAGAACAAGAUCAAAGAACUAUACGUGGUGAUAAAAUAACAUGGGUUAAAGGCAUUGAGCCAGGUUGCUCAAAUGUCGGCUAUCUGAUCAAUCAGAUUGAUGCGGUUAUUUGUAGGGCUAAUACCAUGAAAGACAAUGGAAAACUCGGCGAUUAUAUCAUAAGGGAAAGAACAAAGGCUAUGGUUGCUUGUUACCCUGGUUCCGGCUCGCAUUAUGUCAUGCAUAUCGAUAAUCCUAAUAAGGAUGGCCGUGUCAUUACCGCCAUUUACUAUUUGAAUGUAAAUUGGGAUACUAAACGUAGUGGCGGAGUUUUAAGAAUAUUUCCUGAACAAACGAAAUCAGUGGCUGAUAUAGAGCCGAAAUUUGAUCGUUUAAUAUUUUUUUGGUCGGACAAACGGAAUCCGCAUGAAGUGCAGCCGGCGCAUCGUACGCGUUACGCAAUCACAGUUUGGUAUUUCGAUGCUAAUGAACGUGAAGCUGCUCUAAAUCGGUGUAAAAAUAUAAAUCAAGCUGGACCAUCACCCAGUCCUAAUAGUAACAAUGUUAAUAGCCAUAGCGAUAAUUCUAUAUUGCUGCAGUCAACGGUAAACGCGAACGUGACUUUGGCUUCUAAUUUACAACAGACCUCUACGUAAUUAAAAAGCAAAAAAAAAAAAAAAAAAAGAAAAAGAAAACAAAGAAAACAAAAAUAGAACAACAAGUAAAUUGUAUAUAUAGCAAUAUGUAUGUAAAUAUGUCAUCGAUUUUACGCUUAUACCAUAAUGCCUAACCUAGGGCAUCGUUUCCUUUCCUUUCAUUUUUGAAUUUUUUUCUUUUAUGCCAUUGUGUACCUACUUUAAAGAGUCAAAUGUAGAUAUAGUCAAAUCAAAACUGGUUAAAAAGUUGGAAUUUAUUUAAUUAUUUUUAAAUAAAAGUUGUUAUUUUAGUUUAAGUAAAAGCAGAAAAAAGAUAAAAAGAACGAUAAUCUUCUAUAUUAGCAGAUUCACUUUAUUAUCUUAUUGGGGAAAGCAUGAGAGCAUGCUUGUGAAUAUAGUUUUAUUAUUAUUAUAUAUUGCAUAAUUUAAGUAUUAAAAU